AAUUGCUUCACAGGUCUUUUGCUACGUAUUGAAGAGGCUCUGUUGGAUAAUGCACAGCACCAGGAGGAGCUGGAGGCUGCCAUGGCCAAGGCGCGCAACUCCCUCUACAGCCAGGCCAAGCCCCGCAAGAUCACGCUAACACGUUUCCAUUGCCCCUUCGUGCGCGACCAGUCGGGAAACGUCCCUGCCCCUAAUGCGGAUGUCCGGAAACUGCGGGAAUCCGGUGACGUCAAUCCGAUGCACGUCUCAUCUUCCGCGCCAUGGAGCAAGGCUGAAAUCGACGCCUUGAAAAGAGGCACGAAUAUUCUGACUAGAGAGAAGGUUAUGAAGCCUGCUCAAAGACUGAAGAAUAAGUACAACAAAGAGAUGAUCCACAGGAAAACUGCCUCACAUCGGAGGAACGAGCUUAGCGCCGCAAUCGACAAGAUUGACCAAGACUUGAAAGAGAUGAAGUCUAACCCGCCUGCAGUAGAUCCAGAUGACAUGGACUGGGACAAAAUCAGCAGCAACUUUGUGUCCAAUCGUUCGGCCAAAGAGUGCGAGAUGUUCUGGCGACGGCAUAACGCUGCUGGUUGCUCCAUGGCGGACGCGUCCAGGGAGUGGACGACCGUGGAAGAUGACCGGCUCUUGUCGCUGUUGCCCGAGGCCAAGCGUGGUCGACCGAACUGGCAACAGAUUGCCAAGGAACUAGAUGCCGGUCGCACGCCUUUUGAGUGCUUGGCUCGCUUUGAGAAGCUGUGUCUCUCCAACGUGGAGAGCAAUAUAUUUGUGUGGACACCGGACGAGACACACAAGCUAGUGAAUGCUGUCGAAGUGUUUGGUGCCUGUAGAUGGAGAGCCAUCAGUGAUCACAUUGGUAGCAAGGCUCCAUCGCGAUGUUGUAACCGCUACCGGACGCUGGGUGCUGAAACAGGUCUGAGGAGGUGUUCCUGGACCGUGUCAGAGGACAAGGCCUUGUUAAAAGCCCUGGCACUGUAUGGUCCUGGAAGAUGGUCGCUGAUCUCCCGAAUGGUACCCGGCCGAACAGUUCUGCAGUGCCGUACACGCUACACCACCUGCUUUGCAAAGCCCUUCACCAAGGAGGAGGACGAGCUAUUGAUCAAGUCCGUUGGACUCUUUGUCAACCCGCGGAUGGUCUCUUGGGGUGCACUAGUACGCAAGCUGAAGUGGAGUCGGAAGAGCUCUGCACUGUUGGCACGUUGGCGCAUUCUCCGAGACGAGAAUCGCGAGAAAGAAGCGAAUGAGGUGGCGAAGGAGUCGGAGAAUAGGAGUGCUCCCGGUGCUAUGUCGGGUCUGCCAACACUGAAACCGAACAUGCGAAUUGGAGAAUUGCUCAACCGGCGAAAGUUUGGCUACCGCUCUUCUGACAGACUCCUGGCCAAGGUGCAGGCGGAAACACAGGCAGCGGUGCAUGAGAAGUCACUGCAGCUCCUGCAGCAGACCAAGGCGCGACAGCGGACGCGCCAGCUGAAUGCUACUCUGCAACGCGAUAAAGUCAGCGCGGCGCGCAAGAAGGCCACCCCUGCUAGUGCGGUUAAGACGGAAGAACAGGCCGAGGAAGCCACUGUGGUUCGCAAGAGGAUCUCAAGAACCCUUCUGCCCGCGGGGAACUCGUUCGUGCAGCCUGUGAAGCGUGCAGCACACGCCACUGCAUCACGCACCCCUGCAGCGAAGAGACCAAGGCGAAGGCCGGUGUGGCGUGAUCCGUUCGUCAUGCCAAGUGAUGACGAGGAAAGUGAAGUGGCUCUGAGCAGUGACAGUGAGGACAGCGUGCUAGAGUUGAGUGAUACUAGUGACAGUGAGUUGGAGCUAACUACUGACGAUGGUGAUGAUGAUGAUGACGACGAUGACGAGCAGGAUGAGGAGCAGGAUGGUUGUAUAGUGAAUACUGGUCAAGCAGCAUCAGCUGAUGACAGUGAUGAUGACAGUGAUGAUGUAGCUACCAGUAUUCGUGAAGCUACUGCUGCUCAUAACAAUACAACUACCUCCGAUGAUGAUGCAACCCGGGCUACUCCUGUUGCUGCUGCAACGAGUGCUGGUAGGGUUGCAGCUGGUAGUGCCACCAUUACUGUUGACCAUGAUGACGUAGCGAAUGAUGAUGGUGAAUCCAAGAUGGACGCGAGCAAAGCUAUUGCCGCUGCUGUUCCAGCUGAUGUGAUAGCGAGUGCUGAUGGAGUAGCAGUGAGUGCCAGUGUGGCUGCAGUUGGCAACACAGCAGCAGCAGGAGCAGCAGGAGCUUUGGGUGAGACUUCUGCUAACAAUAUCAGUGCCAGUGACAGCGGCAGUGCCACUGCUGCUAAAGACACAGCAGUAGGAACAGUAGCAGCAACAAGUACAAGUGUUCGGAAGACCAUAUACAGUAGAAUUUCAGCUGCUCAAUCGGAUUCAGAGGAGAACAGUGGAAGUGAAACUGAUUGGGUUGUGGCGGGUGAAGUCAUCAAGCCCCGUUUCUUCACCACCAGUCGUCAACUUGCCAUUGCCCAGAGAAACCUGACAACGUCUAGCUCUGCAGCAACCGGUAUCCUCAGUACAGAGUUCACACAGGAGCUGAAGCGUCGCUCAGUCGUUGCCACAAAGGCUGCUGCUGCCACGCGGGCUGCAGCUAAAUCACGCAGCACCUCAGCUUCCGGCACCGAAGUCUUGCCAAGACCAACUGCAUCACAAGCUCCCCGUCGAUACCAGGCUGCUGCCAACAAGGGGAAACGCCUUCCUGCUGGUGCUCAUGGUGGUGCAGCGACUUCAGCGGUUGCGUCAGCUUCAAGCAUAUUGCAAACUGCUGUUCAGAAGAUGCUUCACAAGGGCAUCAGCACCGCUCAAGUUGGCGCGCUGCCCAAGCAAAGUACGUUCCUGCCACCGUCACGGUGCAGUCUGGCCGGCAUGGAGCGUGUGUGCAAGCUAAGACAUGAUCGGGCAGCCAUGGCCAGGCACUUGGACAGUAUGCGCUCAGCAGUGCAGCAUGCGCAGGUUACUCAUGCUGCUGCAGCCGUCUCAUCCAGCGCUAACGGCAACACCAUGCCUGUACAGUCUGUGUCGAAUAAUGAGAUCUCGACACUCUCAGCUCCAGUGGUGCCGCCGCCAAUGGCACAACUUGGAGGUGUUGAUAGUGGUGGUACGCAGAAUGCAACUGCUACUGCUCAACAGUCGAAGAGUGCUGACGCAGAUAAUAGACCCUCACCAGCUUCAACGGAGGAGUGUAUCAGCCACUUGUCACACACUUCCCCAGAGUUUAUGUUGCUACAGCGACGCUUCAAUGCCGUGUUCCUCACGUCCAACCUGCUGCGUGUACUGCCCUUGCCGGAGCGAGUUACUCACCAGCAGCUGCUGCCUCCAAGCAAGUCUCAACCACCUCCACAGCCCACACCACCUCCACAGCCCACACCACAGCCACAGCAAUCCAGCGACGCUACCAGUAAGACAUCACCAGUAGCGUCAUCCCGUGAUAAAGUGGCUACACCGUCCCGUGACGAAAUAGCUACACCAUCCUGCGAUGGAAUGGCUACACCAUCCCGUGGUGAAAUGGCCGCACCAUCCCGUGGUGAAAUGGCCACACCAUCCCGUGGUGAAAUGGCCGCACCAUCCCGUGGUGAAAUGGCCACACCAUCCCGUGGUGAAAUGGCCGCACCAUCCCGUGGUGAAAUGGCCACACCAUCCCGUGGUGAAAUGGCCACACCAUCCCGUGACGAAAUGGCCACACCAUCACGUGGUGAAAUGGCCACACCAUCAUCAGGUAUAGCUGCUGCCAGUCCCCCUCUGCCUAUACUUUGGUCACCACCUCCUCGCAGAGCUGCUACCGCCGCUGCCAGCAAGAUACGGUCCAGUGCUACCAAGUCGUCACGCACGACACCGACGAAUGGCACUGCAGACAAGGUAAAGUCGCCUGCGUCAGCACCGCAGGAAGUCACUAAGGCUACGUCUACGAGUGCUGCUUCUGCGACUGUAAGCCCAGCAAAGUCACCGUCACCUCUGAAACCACCGCUGGAUACACCACUGGUUACCAGCAAAGCAGCACGACGACGACGGAAGUCGCGUUCUAGCCAGCCCAGUGCAAGUGCCGUGUCUGCUACUGCAGACCAAGCAGACCAAGUAGACCAAGUAGAAGCACUUGAACCACAGUCUGCCGCUAAAGCUAUGCCCGCCACCAGACCGCGACGGUCAUGUUCCGGUCGGGCUGCUACCACUGCUGUGUCUGCUAAUGUGGACAAAACGAAGUCAACAUCACCUCCAGAAACACAGGCUGCUGCCAUUAAAGCAAUGUCCGCUGCCGCUAGAACUCGGCAACCGCGAUCUGCUCAGUCUACGGCAAGCGUUGCUGUAACUUCGACAUCAUCUAAUGCCACCGGCAGUGCACUAGCUUCUGCUACAGCAUCACCUGUCACUGCCCCAGCCUCACCUGCGGUGGCAAUGCUACCCAGCUUGCCGGAUGGCAAUGUCAACCUUUCUGCCGAUAUAGUUGCCCAGGCUGCCAACCUCGUGCAGCUGCUGAAAGGCAUACCAUGUCCGAUAGGUCCUCCAGCAUGUCCAAUAGGUCCUCCAGCAUGUCCAAUAGGUCCUCCAGCCAUGGCAAACAUGUCCUGUCCACUUAUGGCCCCGCUUAGUCCCUUACAGCCUGUUGGUGGUGGUAACAGCGAUUCCGAAUCUGAGUCUGACCAAGAAGACUGGUAGCCUGAUGACGAUGUGCCAGCACCUGCAAAGAUAUUGAGAAUUCCUAGGUGCAGUGGUGUACCCAGGGUGUGUAUGUGUGGAACUGUGUACUCGGUGAGGAUUCGCUUACUCACACACUGCUUGCAAUCAGUGUGCUCGCCUUUUGUCAUCUGUGUGUUGAUUGUCCUGUAUGGCUGCAUCCCUCAGUGCUAGCUAUUCCCGCUAUGACCCUCUUUAGAUAUACCCACUAUCCUCAACUCUCUACAGCUCUACUAGCCCUCGGGCUCUCUAUGGUUGUCCAGCGCUAGCUGUUCCCAUGGCCACGUCAUUGUCGAUGCAGUCCUAUGUUGGGUACUAGUAUUCCCUGCCGACUGUUUUGCUGACAACUGUGUGCAGUCUCCUUUUGUAAACACACUGUGUGUAGACCUUGGGCAAGCACAUACACAGUCACUAACCAUGCUAACGCUCUACAAGAAUACUGUCUACGCAGCAAAGUUCUAUCAUGUAGGUAAGAUUUAGUUUUUUAACUCCAAAUUACUUUCCUUGGCUCCAUGAUCCAGGCGGAUUAUUUUCGUUCAGACAAAUCAAUGCCGCCUUGGGAAUCCUUCGUUAAUCGUUACCCUUGAGAAAUGGUCUUGUUUGGAAA